AUGACUGAUUCCGCGAGGAUGGCCUUUGUAAACCUACAAAAUACUUUCAGGUCAAGUCUAGCGCGUGGUUUGGAACGCGAUGGGCUAGGUGGAAAAGCCCCAAAAGCUUCUAAAAUGCUUAGAAUGGUGUACGAUUGCUCUAUAGAAGCUUCGGCGAUGAAGAGUGCUCGAAAGUGUACUUUCGCUCACUCCAAUGAUUCAGAAAGGCCAGGACUUGGAGAAAACCUCUAUAUGACAACCAUUCUUGAUUUUGACAAAAUCAAGACUGCUGAGCAGGCCUCUCAAAAAUGGUGGAGCGAGCUAGAAGAGUUUGGUGUUGGUCCUGAAAAUAGGCUUACAAUGGCAUUAUGGAAGAGACGCGACAAGAAAAUUGGGCAUUACACUCAAUUGAGAUGGCAUGGGACUCCAGCUAUAAGCUUGGAUGUGCCGUCGUGGCUUGCCCUAAGUUCACAUACGGUGUUUGUCAGUAUGGACCAAAGCAAGUUUCUGGAACAUCAGCAUUUACUUGAAGACUGUAAAUGCGAGUUCAGAGGUAACUAUAUCAACGGACAGAUCUACAGCAUUGGAGAACCCUGCACCGGAUGUCCGCACAAUUGCGAUAACACGAAAGGACUUUGCAAUGUUGUUUAA